GGGAAGGGAGAGCGACCAAUCAAGGACAGGGUGAGGCGCAAAACCGGCCGGCUCCCAGGGGAGCCAGCCAGAGGCUGGGGGGCCAUGGCCGAGCUACAGCAACUGCGGGAACUUGAGAUCCCCACGGGCCGGGAGGCCCUGCGGGGCAACCACAGCGCCCUGCUGCGUGUCGCCGAUUACUGCGUGGACAACUACGUGCAGGUUCCUCCUCUCUCCCGGAGCCUCAGAGACGCCCCGGGACAGGCCACUCGUCUCCUUCCUGGGUCCCGCUCGCACCCACAGGCCCAAAGCCUCGUCCACAUGCAAAUGCUGUCAUCGUUCGCAGGCUGUCUCCAGGCCACAGACAAGCGGAGGGCGCUGGAGGAGACCAUGGCCUUCACCACCCAGGCUCUGGCCAGUGUGGCCUAUCAAGUAGGCAACCUGGCCGGACACACUCUACGGAUGCUGGACCUACAGGCGGCCUCCCUGCGGCAGGUCGAAGCCCGUGUGAACACGCUGGGCCAGAUGGUGAGUAUGCAUAUGGAGAAGGUGGCCCGAAGGGAGAUCGGCACGUUAGCCACCGUCCAGCGGCUGCCCCCUGGCCAGAAAGUCAUCGCCCCGGACAGCCUCCCUCCCCUCACGCCCUACUACCGGAGACCUCUCAACUUUGGCUGCCUGGAUGACAUUGGCCAUGGGAUCAAGGAUCUGAGCACGCAGCUGUCGCGGACGGGGACCCUCUCUCGAAAGAGCAUCAAGGCGCCUGCGACGCCCGCCUCCGCCACCCUGGGGAGGCCACCGCGGAUCCCGGAGCCGGUGCAGCUCCCGGUGGUGCCCGACGGCAAGCUCUCCACCGCCUCGUCUGCCUCUUCCCUGGCCUCUGCAGGCAGCGCCGAAGGUGUGGGUGGGGUGUCCGCGACCAAGGGGCAGGCAGCACCCCCACCCCCACCUCUCCCGAACCCCGUGGCUCCACCUCCUCCACCGGCCACCACCGAAGUCUUCCUGCCGCCCCCUCCGCUGGAGGAAGUGUCCCUGCCCCUGCUGGCACCAGAGCUGCCCCUGGACCUGCCCCCUCCUCCACCCCUGGACGUCCAUGAGCUGGGACUGCCACAUCUGCCCCCACCAGGCUUCGGGCCAGAGGAGCCUAGCUGGGUCCCUGCUGCAUACCUGGAGAAAGUGGUGACGCUGUACCCAUACACCCGCCAGAAGGACAACGAACUCUCCUUCCCUAAGGGCACCGUCAUCUGCAUCACACGCCGCUACUCCGAUGGCUGGUGUGAGGGCGUCAGCUCGGAGGGGACUGGAUUCUUCCCAGGGAACUACGUGGAGCCCAGCUGCUGACACUCUGGGGCUUUCUGAGCUCCUGCCCGGAGCACUGCGCUGCGAGCCUCUUGAGCUCCAGUGCAAAGUCAGCUCCAGAGUCAAGGCGGGACCCGGCCUGCCCACCUGUGAGCUGUGCCUGCCCCUUCCCCCUCCUUUCGGUGGUGGGAAGGGGUCCUGGGGAGAGAAGGGAUGUAUCCGAAGGCCUGCCGCAGACAGGAAAGAACCGGAAGUCAAGGACUUUGGUGAUCUUGUCCACAGAAGACCCACCCCUCCAUGCAGCAUUGAGUGCCAACUUUGAAUAAAACUCUGAUGACCUCCUGGUGAUUGCCCCGCAGGGCUGGGGGGCCAGAGAGGAGGGAGUUAAA